AUGGACGUGUUGAAUUCUUCUACUGUGAUUCAAAAGGAUCCCUUGUCCAUGAUCUUUGCCUCUCAAAAAGAUAUGGUCGUGCCUGCAUUCUCCACUCAAAAAGAUCUGUCUGAAGUGGUAUUGCCUCAAUCCAUGCAAUCUCAACCACCAAUGCAAAUUCAACCGAUUCAACGAGAAUUGGAACAAGAGAAGGAAGAACGAAUCAAGUUGCAAUCCAAGGUUGAUCAGCAUCCCGAGAGAAUGAAUACCGUUCGUGAUAACUUGUGUAAGAUGUAUGUUGAUCUUGGAAAUAUUAUAACCUCCAUGUCUAACACAACAACCAUUAUAAUUGGGGACGAGAAGAAGGAAGUGGCCUCAGACGAAUUUGUUAAUUUUUGUAAGAGGAACCAAUUUGGCAAGUGUGUAGAUUACCUUUGUCAAGUUUUCAAUUGGAGCAUUGACAAAUUGAAAACAAACGCCAAACUCCAGCAUGCGGUUGCUUCCUUCAUAUACCAGCACACGGAAAUCAAGGAAACCACUCGCCAGUGGAGCAACUUUUUCAAUACUCACAAAUAA